UGUCAUUCACCCACGUGCUAACCUUUCCCCUAGUUUGACAGUCGGCACUGCAAUUUUGAUAGACGCUUCGUUGACAAAGAACAUUCAAAAGUUUAGAAGCCUACCAAAAUAAUACAGGUCCCAGUUCGAGGAUGUGGACGACCACUAUAGCACGAUGUACCCUGCCGACCAUGCUCAAGCGAAGCUCUGUCUUGGCUUGCCAUACCUUGAGGGCUGGGGGUAGGCCUGGUUGGGCAGCUGCCAUCUCCUCAUCUCCUUCUCUUCACCUGACCUGGAGGCAGCUCCGUGGGCACGGGACCCAGGCACCCUCCCCGCUCCCUUCCAACGCCCUGGGGGACAGCCCUGGGGUGAGGCAGGUCCGGGCCCUGGAGCAGGAAAGGCUGCUGGAGGUUGAGUGGGAGGGCAGCGGACAGAGCCUGUACCCAUACACAUGGCUUAGGGACAACUGUCAAUGCCCACUGUGUACCCUGCAGUCAGCCCAGGCUCGCAGCUUGCUGCUCUCCCAGCUGGACAUCCACACUGGGGUCGACCGGGUGCAGGUCACUGACAACAACAAGGUGUCCAUAGUGUGGCCGGACCAGCACACCAGCGAGUUUGACCCAGAAUGGCUGAGGAAACGGUGCUUCUCUCCUGCUGCCAGACAAGCUCUACAAGAGGAGCUCUUCCUAAACGAGCGUACGUACUGGGACUCAGAGCUGCGGAUCCCCACGGCCAACUUCGAGGAGGUUCUCCACGACGACAAGGCCGCCCUGGCCUGGCUGCUGGCUCUACGCCGCGUGGGCAUUGUCUACCUGAAGGGGGCGCCGGUGGAGCAGGGUCAGGUGGCCCGACUCAGCCAGAGGAUCGGAUACCUCCGACUGACGUUCUAUGGGCACACGUGGCAGGUGCAGGACAAAUCCCAGGCUAACAACGUGGCCUACACCUCUGGCAAACUCAGUCUCCACACUGACUAUCCAGCACUGCACUACCCACCUGGAGUGCAGUUCCUGCAUUGCCUGAGCCAGGCUGGCGAGGGCGGGGAGAGUGAAGCGGUGGACGGCUUCCACAUGGCAGAUCAACUGAGGAGAGAAGACCCUGAGGCCUUCAGGACCCUCACCUCCCUGCGGGUGGACUUCACCGACACAGGGUCCGACUACUGCGACUUCAUGGUGCAGUCCAAGAACCACAUCAUAGAUGUUGACAGUGAUGGGCGGGUGGUCCGGAUCAAUUACAAUAAUGCCACCAGGGACUCUGUGCUGGACCUCCCCCUGCACCAGGUCCAGGCCUUCUACAGCUCCCUCAAGGCCUACGUCCAGCUGAUGAUGCGACCAGAAAACAUGCUCAGCUACAAGAUGGAGCCUGGCGACCUGGUCACUUUUGACAACUGGCGCCUGCUCCAUGGGCGGAAGAGCUUUCAGAGCCACCCAGACCGGAUGAGACACCUGGAGGGAGCCUACCUGGACUGGGACGAAGUCAUGUCUCGCCUGCGGAUACUCUUCAAGUCUGUCCACGGAGAGAGCUAGACCCGCCAAUCCCCCAGAGCGAAGCCUCCUCCAAAUAUAUAGAACCUCGUCAAUCUACAACAGGGCUCUCCAACCCUGUUCCCGGAGAGCUACUGUCCCGUAGGUUUUCACUCCAACCCUAAUCUAGUGCACCUGAUUCUAAUAAUUAGCUCGUUGAUAAGCUGAAUGAAUCAGUUUAGUUGCAACUGGGAGUGAAACCCUCCUGUAGGUUAUCUCUCCAUGAACAGGGUUGGAGAGCCCUGAUCUACAGAAUUUAUGAGCAUCCAAAAGAGGCAGAGGCUAAUUGUCAAACGGGCUACCGCUACUCGUGUGUGGGUCAAGAUGGCUGCCAGUCUUUUGAACAGAGUGACAUGUGGGCAAAGUGCAAGAAGAUGGGGGAAAAGGGUUGAGCACUUCCCUAAAUGAUAAACACUCCCCUUUAUAAGUAGCAUACCUACGAAGAAUCUGUCUUUAACUGUAUGAAGUUGGUAGACUAUAGUGCCUUUGUUCCUAGGGUUGUGUAAGCGAACAUAUUGAGCUAUUUUUCUAAUCAUGUGUUCUGCUGGUCAAAAUGUUGUAGCACUUUACUACAUCAACUUCUCAGUGUCUUAAGGGUGUCAUAACAACAGGCGGUGAUGACGUUUUUGACAUUUUCUACCUCUUGUAUCCAGUAGUAUAGUUCAGUUUCAGCCAUCUAACCUUAAGAAAAAAAUAGUGUAUAGCACUAGUAUCAGCCCCAGAAAUCAAUCCUUUUUUUAGUACCUCUCUUUACAAUAACUCUCCAUAUGUAAAAUGUAUGCACAUGCAAGUUUGGAUUAAAGCAUCUGCUAAGGGAUUAAUCUAAAUGUACAGAAUGGUUACCUGGAGGAAAUUGGGGUAGGGUCUUGCUUUUUCAAUUUCAGUCAAGGGGAGGGUUUAGUAUUUUUUUUGUUAUCUAGUCCAGGGGGAGGGUCAUGUAACGUGUAAUUUCAAUAUUGAUCGAUGGUUUAGAAUGAGUUAGUUUAUUAGGCUACAUUUUGAUGUGUGCCGGAUGCCGCCCCUUUUCUCUGAUUCUCCCGCUGGGUGCUCAAUAUCAAGUGUGCAUAUAGACUCUUUAGUGUCGUCUCAAUCAAAUGAUCCAUAGCCUACGAAGUGCAUGCUCAGAGAAGCACAGAGCAAAGUUAUGUUUCUAAGAUAGCUAAUGAUGGUGUAAAUACAACUUGGCUGCAUUACACACCGCAAUGGAUAUUCCAACCUGGAGCCCCUGCCUGCUCUCAAAAACGUUUUUGUGUGCUGCCUAACCAAUGGCUGUGUUGUGUAGGGCUACAGUUCUCAGGAGGCUUCUACAAAUGUUUAAAAAAAAACAGUCUUGCGCAUAGACGAGCCUAUGUUCUGUUCCGUUUGAGAAGGAGAGCGCAACAAUAUGUUUCGAGUAAUUUACAUCGUGUUGCUGAAACUUGAAACAGCAGCCGUGGCACAAUCAAUCAGAAAUAGACAGCUCAUGGUGCUGAAAGUAGGAUUCAUUCAUUUCAGCAGACUUUAACAAGAGAGCUUUGUGUUGGAACCUAUAUUCCUAUUUAAGAAAGAGGUAGGUCUACAUGUUUGAUAGAUGAUAUUAGGCAAUAGAAUGCUAUAUCCAUAUAUUUGUCGCUUGUUCCUCCACCUGCUCUUUAAAUAUCCAACCUCCAUGUCGAUGACAGGCUGUUAAGUUAUAAUCAAGACUCGAAUUGACGGGGUAUGAAAGGGGAUGCCAUCCCACCUACCUUUAUUAAAGAAAAUGGCAAAAAUCACAGACUUUUGUUCGCUUAAGAUUUGGAAUAAAAUUAAAGUGAUUUUUAACAGUG